AUGACGGAGACACCACCACCGGAGCAACCCUCAACACCACCUCCACCACCUUCUCUCUACAUACAUCCACGCCGUGAACCAUUCGAGCAUGGUCUCAUCCCUUUGCAGAAACUCAUCUUCACAGACGCCACACAAACCCUAACCUCUCUCCGUGACAAACUUCUUCAACAUCCAGUUGCCAAAGAUCAACCAAACCGCAUUAGCUCCGCAGUUCUAUCUGAAACGCUACAGAUCUCCCCAGAACACGCCCGACUUGUCUUUGAGAUAAUCGCUUCUGUUCACCCCUUCGAUUCGGACCCGCUUGUGACGGCUAAACCUGACGAGAUUGAUUCCGUUGGCGUCAAUGUCUACGAUCUCAUUAUUUUUCUGUACAUACAGUCGUACAAGCGUUUGCUUCCUAGAGGACAUAAGGAUUCCGCUGCUAUUGCGGAUGUUUGGCCAUCUACUUCUGCAUUCGAUGGCUUUUUAUCUGCUCUUACGCCGUUACAGGUGAUUCCAUUGAUUGUCUCUACUUUAUCUCUUGCACGCAGCAACGUACGGCGUUCUAUGCCAUCACAAGCUGAUGAAGAAGCUCAUCAACUAUCGUAUCUACAGAAGCAUUUAGGCAACAUAAUAUCUCUGUUGGCUGACUCUGUGGAAGGUCAAGGUGAAGGCGAAGAUUCACUGGUUUUGACAAUGGAAAACUUUGAGCAUCUUGAUUUUCUGAUAUAUUUUGGCGAAAAAGGAUCACAGAAGAUUCCAUUGAGCCAAAAUGCUCCAUUUUUUGCUAAUUCAGAUCCUGAUAUGCCCGCAGCCCCAGUUCAUGCAUCACAGGUUCAUGAUUGGAUUAUACAGAACAUUUCUUCUGCAUUGGAACAUAUCUCUGAAAGAGUUGCUGCAAAAGAGAAUGGGCCAAGUAAUGCUUCUGAUCAGGAUGCUAUGAUGGCUGAUGCUUAUGGAAACACAAUGAAGGCCUCAAGUAGUACUAAGAGUUCCAGUUUUAUUGAGGGGAUUUCCAAACAAUCAUAUGUAAAGCAACCAUCUGAACUCAAAAGCUCUUUUGUAAAGAUUAUAAAUUGCCAUGAAUCUGUUAUUUACAUCUUGGCUCCUUUGAGAUAUGCCACAAUAUAUGGAUGCUCUGAUGCGACAAUAGUGCUUGGUGCUGUUGGGAAGGCUGUAAGGAUUGAGCAUUGUGAAAGAGUCCAUGUGAUUUCAGUAGCAAAGCGUAUCUGCAUUGCUAAUUGUCGCGAAUGUGUAUUCUUUUUGGGGGUGAAUCAGCAACCACUUAUUGUUGGUGACAACCAUAAACUUCAGGUCGCACCAUAUAAUACAUUUUACCCAGAGUUGGAAGAGCACAUGAAAGAAGUUGGUGUUGAGAGUGUUCCUAACAGAUGGAAUGAGCCAAUUGCAUUGGGUUUGGUGGACCCACAUGAUUCCAUGUCUCAUCCUGCUGGUGUGUCUGAUUGUCAAACAGAGUCUGCUACUUGCUUAGAAACAGAUCAGUUUACCAACUUUUUGAUUCCAAAAUGGCUUCAAGGUGAAAAAGAAUCUGGGCCCACAAAAGACAAUCCAUUUCCAUUGCCUGAUGUCUAUUUGUCAUCUCAGCACAGAAAUGACAAGAAUUUGGUGGAGGUUAAACAAAUAUUGAAAGAAUCACAACUGGAAGAUACCAAAAAGAGGGAAUUAUCAACUGCACUUCAUGUCUACUUUAAAGACUGGUUAUAUGCCUCUGGGAAUGUUAGACAAUUGUACUGCUUACAGGGAGAGUAGCAUUAAUUGUGCAACGAAGCGAAGGAAAUAUAUAAAAAUUAAAACUCGAUUUCGAACAUUUUUGGCUUAACAUGGAGUGGAGUAUGAUUUUGCUAACUCAUUGU